GGUGGGGCUAUUAUGUUGAUAUCGAGCCGGCUAACCAGGUGUCUGGCUGUUCCACCCACCACUACCCUUCAGGACAUCGCUUCAACCCACACCAAAGGUGUUGCAAAGGUUAUUCUAAAAAAGGGAAAAACACAGCUGUUUCGUGAUGGAAGCCCUAUGGUUUACAGCGGUGCAGUUGAUAGAAUCAUUGGUAGACCACCGCCAAAAACAGGUGACUCUGUGCUGGUGGCUGACGGGACAGAAAAACCAAUAGGCUGGGGUUUGUACAAUUCUUCCUCUAUGUUCUGUGUUAGGCUGAUGCAGCUUGAAGAGGAGGUAUCAGGAGAUCCUUCUUGUGCCCUGAAUGUGGAGAAGCUGCUUGAAACAAGAAUAGAGGCUGCCAUCAGAUUACGUAAGAAUUUGGGGCUUCCUUCUGCAGUUACAAAUGCAUAUCGACUAGUAAAUAGUGAAGGAGAUAGGUUGUCGGGUCUUAUAAUUGAUGUCUUUGGUGACUUAGCUGUGAUUGCCUCGUCAGCUGCAUGGGUUGAGAAGUACAAGGAGCACAUUAAGAAAUGCAUUAGUGAAAUUGCUGUGAUCAAGAGUAUAGUCUGGAGGCCAUCAACCGAGAUAUUGAAAGAAGAAGGGUUAGAUUUGGAUGAUCUUGUUCAAGAAGAGUUAUCGGGAUCUACUGAAAGGGUGAAGGUUGUGGAGAAUGGGAUAUCCUAUAUGAUAUCGUUGGAUGGACAAAAGACAGGAUUUUAUGCUGAUCAGCGUGAAAACCGUCAAUUCAUAUCUACUAUCUCAGAUGGUCAAAAAGUACUUGACAUGUGCUGCUAUACUGGUGGCUUUGCAUUAAAUGCAGCUUGCGGUCAUGCUUUGGAUGUCACUGGCGUUGAUUCAUCAGCUCCUGCUUUGGAACUAGCUAAACAUAAUGUUGUUCUUAACAAUCUAGAUCAAGCGAGGAUAUCAUUCUUGAAACAAGAUGCAACUGCUUUUAUGAAGAAUGCUGCUUCUAGAAAUGAAGUAUGGGACUUGGUAAUAUUAGAUCCCCCUAAGUUAGCACCUCGAAAGAAGGUUCUACAUAGUGCGAGUGGAAUGUAUAGAAACUUAAACUCACUGGCUAUGCGGUUAACAAAGCCGGGUGGGUUUCUGAUGACUUGCUCGUGUUCAGGAGCUAUGACCCAAAGUGGGCAGUUCUUACCUGUUCUUCAGGGUGCUGCUUCGAUGGCUGGUAGGAAGAUAACUGUAGUACGUCAAGGUGGUGCAGCUUGUGACCAUCCUAUUGACCCAUCUUAUCCGGAAGGAGCCUACCUUUCCAACAUUCUGUUGAGAGUAGGUUGAAAACUGAAUGUGUCAGCUGCAAUUUGGCAACACUAACUGUCUGAAUCACCCGAAAAAAGGAGAUCCCCCAAAUAGAGAGUCCUGCUACGAAUAUAGGACCAAUGCAUCACAUGUAUUGCAUUGAGGCAUGAAAUGAUUCUGUGCCAUUGUAUUGCUGGAAAACAUGUUAGGUUUGGGAUCUAGUAUGAAUAUGUGCUCAUUUUUCAUUGUCCUUGUGCACAUAUCACAUGAACUGAAGAAAAAACAUGAGAAGCGCAUGAGUGCUUCUCUUUUUUUCUAGUGAAGAAAUUUCAGGGUGCCUUACAAAA